CAACAGGCCAAAUAGCCUACUUCGCAUAACGCGCUAGGGACGCAUGGGUUUUGUGGGGACAUUGUUUAGUUCGGUCUGUGUGCCGUUAGUAAUCGAGGAACGCAACAGGUGAAAUGCUGCGAGUGCGCAGACGAAGUAAAGUCAAUGAGAUGGAUGCAUUCAUAGACGACUAGGAUGGUAAAGAAAUGCUUGGCUUGUCUUCUGUGCGCAGAGUGAAUGGAGGUAGGCCUGUUUUACGCCACAUAAGUCAUACUAUGAUGUCGCAACAUAUGUCCUAGAUAUAGGUCAAGUACCGUUAUGGUGUGGUGACUCAAACAAAGAGGGAUGGACGGCACAAAGUGACACCCUUACCGGGAGGCUGCGCGGAAAACGCUUUCUGUAGUGUGGACUAAUAAUAACUGACGCUUAAUGGUGCGCUAAUAGUCAUUUGUUUGGAGGCGCUGCAUCAUCAUGGUGGUUGAAAGGACACUUCUCGCUGCGAGGCAAGGGGAUGUACAAACUCUGAAAGUACAAUUCGCGGAGAAAGUACUCAACGGCGACGUGAAAGAUGUGCUGGGAGCGACUCCUGUACACCACGCCGCCCGAGCAGGGAAGCUCACCUGUCUGCGGUAUUUGGUGGACGAAGCGGGUUUACCGGCGAACAGCCUGGCGAGAAACGGUGCGAGUCCUGCGCAUGACGCCGCAGCCACGGGCAACCUGACCUGCCUGCAGUGGCUCGUGACGCAUGGAGGAUGUCGAGCGGCCGAUAAGGACAGCUCAGGGGCGACUGUCCUGCAUCUGGCUUCUCGAUUCAGCCAUCAUGAGAUCAUCGAUUGGUUGCUUAAAAGUGAGGAGGGGGAUCCUACUGUUGCCACGGAUACGGGGGCGUUGCCUGUUCAUUAUGCUGCCGCUAAAGGGGACUUACCCUCACUAAGGCUGCUAUUGGAACACAGCCCACAAGUUGUCAAUUUUCAAACCAAGAAUGGUGCCACACCACUAUACCUUGCAUGUCAGGAGGGCCACCUGGAAGUUGUCCAGUACCUGGUGAAGGACUGCGGGGCGGAGCCAAGUAUCAGAGCCAAUGAUGGGAUGACACCACUGCACGCUGCUGCCCAGAUGGGACACAACACUGUCAUUGUCUGGCUGAUGAGUUUCACGGAGAUCAGCCUGUCUGACAGAGACAAUGAUGGGGCCACUGCCAUGCACUUUGCCGCCAGCCGCGGUCAUGCCAAGGUUCUCAGCUGGCUUCUUCUGCACGGCGGGGAAAUAAUGACAGACAGCUGGGGCGGGACGCCUCUUCAUGACGCAGCUGAGAACGGAGAGCUAGAGUGCUGUCAAAUUCUCGUGGUAAAUGGAGUAGAUCUUGGCAUACGGGAUCAGGAUGGAUUCUCAGCAGCGGAUCUAGCUGAAUACAACGGGCAUCAACAGUGUGCCAAGUAUCUCCGCACUGUCGAAAACAUGAGUGUGGAGCACCGAGUCUUAUCAAGGGACGCUUCGGCGGAUUUGGAGUAUAAGCAACCCGACUCAGGCCUGUCCUCUCCCAAUGCUACCCUGCCCAACCCAGCACCCCCUGCAGGCCACUUUGACAUCUGCUCACCUUCAAGCUCGCUGUCCAAUUAUGACUCGGCGAACUCCAGCCAAUCCAGUACUGGAGAGAAAAGGAGCGGUUCACCUCCCUCACGCGUACCAACAGGAGGCACAGAUUCAGCCAUUACAGACAUGCAGACCUAUAUGGACAUGCUGAAUCCAGAUGAAGCAGGUGGUUCCCACAAUGCGAAAGAGCCCGCACACCUGCCGCCCCCUCCAACAUUUCCUCCACCCCCACCACCGUCAAAUCCUUCCCAUAUUCCACCUCCACCCCCUGCCUACCCCGCACCCAACCCACCUGAGGAGGAGGAGGCAUCCGCCGAAUACUUGAAGGUGAAGAGGAACCUUCGCCGAGUAGACAAUGACGUAGUCAAAAAGGAGCAGCUGAACCCUGGCGAGAACCACGAAAGACUUCGAAGAGUUGACUCAAACCGAAAGUCUCGAAGUUUCAGCAAGCAGCCCAGCACUGGGGACUACUAUAAAACCCUGGGUAGCGAUACCACGGACCAGCAGCCCAGCAGAGCCAUGGCACCCAAUGAGGAGGGUUCUGCACUGUUGGAGGAGGCGGCAGACACAGCACCUGCCCCAGAGAAUGGAACAGGAACCACGGAAGAUCUACCGCUUCCUCCACCUCCACCUCCUCCACCUGCAAGCACUUUUAUCCCGGCUCCACCUCCUCCUCCACCUCUUCCAUCUGAGCUGCCCCCUCCUCCCCCACCCUCCACCACCACACCGGCCCCUGCCCAGCGGCGCAUGUCUUCAUCCUCCAACAGCAAUAAAUCCUUCAACAUGAUGUCCCCCACUGGAGAUAAUUCUGAGCUUCUGGCCGAAAUUAAAGCUGGGAAGAGUCUAAAGCCGACACCUCACAGUAAAGGCUACACGACCGUCUUCUCGAACAGCGGCACACCGGGAAACAACGGGGAAAGUCCAUCAUCGCCGCCAGAGCCUCUGCCAAAAUCCAACGACACCCAAUCCGCGAAGCCAGAAUCUCCACCGCCUGCUUGUCCACCGACGCCACCCAAUCCCACAGCCAGCAGCGCGUCGCCCCAGAACCUGUCCACUUCACAGAGCAGCGACCAGCUCACAGCCGCGGUCAACGGGAACACGUCUGUCGUCCAGAACAAGACCAGCGUGGUGGACGUGGAGAGUUUGGUGCCCACGCACGACGAGCAGGGCCGAGCCAUUCCAGAGUGGAAGAGGCAGGUGAUGGUCCGAAAACUACAAGUGAAGAUGCAGGAGGAGGAAGAGAACAAGAAAAAGGCUGAAGAAGAGGCAGCUCGUCUGGCAUCCUUACCUGCGUGGAGGAGAGAUAUCAUGAAGAAAAAGUUGGAGGAAGAGAAAAAAGAUGAAGAACAACGACGGAUGGAGAAGGAGAGCGAGGAGAAGUCAGAACUGGAGCGACUACGAACGCUAGGCUAUGAUGAAACCAAGCUGGCACCAUGGCAAAAGCAGAUCAUUUUAAAGAAAGGAGACAUAGCGAAACAGUAGUAAACUCCCAGUCAUCGAAGCCCCACUUGCACAACUCUUUUGCUGACAUACAGUGUUAUGCAAAAAGCCCUUGUGGAAUCUGUGAAAAUGUGAAGAAAUUUGACAAAAUAAGAUAAAUCAUAGAAAUGGGACAUUGUUUUUUUUAUUUAGUACUGU